GCAGCGGAGGGAGCCAACAUGGCGGCGGACAGCAGCUGUUUCAGCUAGUUCAGCAGCGAGCCGCUUCUCACCGCGCACAGCGACUCUUCCCGAUCAAUCCUCUCCUCACCCAUCAGUCCCGGACCGCCGUCUCAGCCGCUGCACCAUGUCGGGAAAAAGCAAAGAGGCGUUCAAGGCCGGAGACCUGGUGUUCGCCAAGAUGAAGGGCUUUCCCCACUGGCCUGCCAGGAUCUGCAAGUCCGACCGCGGCUACAAGAAGAGAAUCCCGGUCUUCUUCUUCGGGACUCACCAGCUAGGCACCCUCCCCCCGGAGAACGUGGUCCCGUAUGUGGGGAACCGACUGAAGUACGGCAGCGGCGUGCGGAUCAAGGGCUUCGCCGAGGGCAUGUGGGAGAUCCAGAACACUCCGGGAGUUGGCAGCAAACUCAAGUUUCCAGGAAAGUCCAACACUCAGACCACGCCUGCCAAACCGGCUUCAGCGUCAAAAACUACACCUGCCAAACCGACUUCAGCGUCAAAAACUACACCUGCAAAACCCACUUCAAAUACUACACCUGCGACCCCAGGCUCAGCUUCAAGAACCACACCUGAGACACCGGCUUCAGCGUCUACACCCACGCCUGCAAAACCGACUUCAGGUGACCGGGCGGACAGCGAUGUCGCCACAUCCGGUCGCGGUAAACCGGCCAACGGCAGGCGCACCCGGAGCGGUGCCGGCGGCGAGAAUCAACCGGCCACCAAGACGGCAACGAGGGCCUCGUCCAGACUGGCUCCAGAAAGGACCGCGGGCCCCGAACCGGCCGCCGGAGACGUCCCCGAGGCCACGGAGCUGGCCGGGAACACCAGGAGCCGGAGGUCUGCUGGCGCAUUGGCGAGGGAAACGGCCGCCGGCUCAGAGACGACCCCCGGCGAGGAGGACGCGACCCCGAGGCCGGCUGCAGGCUCCAAGGUCGAUGCAGAUAAGAAGAAGACGAGGACGCCGGCUGGUCCAACUGGAACGCCUUCAGCUGAAGACAAGAAAGCGAGAGACGAGGAGGAGGAGAGUGGAGGAGUGAGGAAGAGGAGGAGGAGGAAGGAGGAGGUGGAGGAGGAGGAGCCACCGAGUGGAGACAGCAAGAGGAGCAAGGCCCAAAAAUCAGAAGAAGAAGAGAGGAGGCCGUCAGAGGCACGCGUGUCAACGAGGAGGAGGAAUGAAGGGAUGAAGAGAGGAGGAGGGGGAGGGGAGGAGGAGAAAACCUCAGGGACUCCUGCACCCAAGACAAAGGAGGAGAAAACAUCAGAGAAGAAGAAAGAGGAGAGGGAGAAGGAUGCAAAGGAGAGAGAGGAGGAGGAGAAGGAGAGAGAGAAGGAGGAGGACAAGGAGGCGAAGGAGAGAGAGAAGGAAGCGGAGAGAGAAAAGGAGGUGAAGGAGAGAGAGAAGGAAGUGAAGGACAAGGAGGCGAAGGAGAGGGAGAAGGAAGCGAAGGACAAGGAGGCGAAGGAGAGAGAGAAGGAAGCGAAGGACAAGGAGGCGAAGGAGAGGGAGAAGGAGGUGAAGGAGGCGAGGGAGAAGGAGGUGAAGGACAAGGCUAAGGAGAAAGAGAAGGAGGUGAGAGAAAAGGAGAAGGGGGCAAAAGAAAAAGAGAAGGAGGUGAAGGAGAAAAGCAGCAGUGAGGGAAGGAGAGAGGAGGUGAAAACAGAGAAGAAAGAGGAGGAGGAGAAGGAGGAAGAGAGGAUGGCACAAACUCGAUCAUCCAAGAGAAAGAGAGAGGAGCAGCGGGGUGAGGAGAAACGAGUGAAGACGAGGAGAGAGAGGAGCAGUGAGAGAGGAGGGGAGGAAGUGAAGAAGGACGGGGACGGCCAGGGAGAAAAGAGGAGGAGGGAGGAGGAGAAAUCCGAGGGAGUGAAGACCAGAACCGCCAAGAAAGACCAACACAGGAGGGAGGAGAAGAAGGAGGAGCAGAGGAGGAGGAGGAGAGAUGAGGACGGAGACGAGGAGCAGCGCCGCCGGAGACAGAGCGUCCUCAGCUCCCUGAGAGGACUGCUGCGGGAUGGAGGGGGCGGGGCCACUGGGAGCCACGCCCCCCGAAGGCGGGGCUCGGCAGGCUCCGACUCCGCCUCCGUCAGCAGGAGGAGCGGCAUCAUCGGAAAGAUCGUCACCCGGAAGAGACCGGCGGAGGACGAGGACAAGAAGAAGGAGACAGACGAGAAGAAGGAGGACAAGAGGAGUCCGACAGACGAGAAGAAGGAGAAAGAUGAGAGGAAGAAUGACGAGGACAAGAAGAGUCCGACAGACGAGAAGAAGGACGAGACGAAAGACGAGAGGAAGAUCAUUGGGAAGAUCGUGAAGGCGUCCGGUGGUCGGGGGACCAAGGUCCACCUGAAGACCAUGAUGGGAGGAUUGACGGCCGCCGCCAGGCCGUCCUCCGAGGACAAGAAGGACGGAAGGGCCGAGCCGACGGAGGACGAGAAGAAGAAAGACAGAAAAGUUCAAGUGACGGAGAGAGAGACGACAAACGAGGACAAGGUGGAGAAGAACCUGAGAAAGACAGAUCAGAGGGUGGAGGAGGAGAAGAAGAGGAGUGUCCAGAAGAAGACGGAGAGGAAGGACGAGGAGAAGGACGACAACCAGCGGAAGACGAGGAGUUCAGAGAGGAGCGACCUGAGAGAGGAGCCUCCUCCAGACCCGAAGACAAACCCAGCAGGACCAGAGCGCCGGAGGACAAGAAGACCAGCAGGGAGGACGGCAGGAAGGAGGCGGAUACAGCGCCGCCGCCGCCGCCGCCGGAGCCGAAGAAGAAGGACAACAAGACCAACAGAGUCAAACCCGACGAGGAGGAGGAGGAGGAGGCGCAGGGGGGGAGGGGGGGGGGAGGGAGCGGACAGGUCGGAGAAGACGUGCUCCCUGACGGACUCCACGCUCCACCGCAUCCACGGAGACAUCAGGAUCUCCCUGAAGACAGACAACCCGGACAUCGGGAAGUGUCUCACGGCGUUGGACCAGCUCAGUCUGGUCUACGUUACAUCCCAACACAUCCAGAGACACAGCGAGCUCAUCGCCACGCUCAGGAAGAUGCGGUACUACCGGGGGAACCAGGCCGUGAUGGAGAAGGCCUCGAUGCUCUACAACCGCUUCAAGAACGCCUUCCUGCUGGGGGAGGGGGAGGAGGUGGUGAGCGCCUCCUUCCUGCGCUCGCUGCUGGAGGAGAAGGAGCGGGAGGAGGCGCAGAGGGUGGAGAGGAUGGAGCAGGAGCGGAGGGUGGAGAAGAUGGAGGAGGAGCAGAGG